AUGGGAAAAUCUCUGAAAUGUGAGUAUGAGUAUUGUGGGGGCAUUGGUGAAAGACAGGCAUUGGAAGGAUCACAUGGCUCUGUCUUCCAACUCAUCAUAAAGAACUUGGUGCUGGUUGGAAUAAUAGGAAUGGCUAUUCGCUUGCCUGGUAUUAUACAUGCUAAGCACAUUCUCUGCCAAUCAAACUCAUUUGCAAAGAGAGGAGCUUCCACAUUUUCGGAUGUUCCAAAAGGCCACCUUGCUAUAUAUGUUGGGGAGAGCGAAAUGAAGCGAUUCAUAGUUCCAGUAUCACUUCUAAACCAUCCUUCAUUCCAACUGUUGCUAGGCAAGGCUGAGGAAGAAUUUGGAUUUGAUCAUCCAUUGGGUGGUCACACAAUUCCCUGCAGCGAAGACCUCUUCAUUGAUCUCACUUCUCACUUACAUGAAUUGUUGUAA